AUGGCAAUCUUGUUCUCUAAGUUGCUAAAAAAGACCGACGUAGAGAAGAGAUUGUUGGUUCCUGCAAAGAGCUUAAAAUCUCUGUCAAUAUCCAUGGGUGUGAAUCAUCGUGGGAUGGAUCUACAAGUCAUCGAUGCAAAUGGCAAGCUUUGGAGCUUUCGUUGUUUGGUUCGCAAGAAAAAUUACUUGAAGCCAGUUCUCUCUAGGAAUUGGGUUGCUUUUGUUCGAGCAAACAACCUUCAAGUUGGAGACAGAGUCACUUUUCAUCAGGAACUUCGUCAGUGUAGAAUCCAAGUGGAGAAACCAAUGAAGAUUUUCGGCGUAGUCUUUGGGGCGGAGCCAGACAAGACACUGUUGCUUGGUUCGGAAGAUUGGAAGCAGCAGUAG